UGGAGGCGUGGUGCAUUGUGGGAACAGCGAGUGGCUAAUGGUGUAGCGUUGAGCCAACGCUAAUAAGUGUUCAUGGCGUCCAAAGCACCUUUCACUGAUUCUGACACCGCUGAUGAAGCUGUCAGGGCGACAUGUGACGAUGCGUCGAUAUGCAAAAGGUUUGCAACCAGUAAAGGAUACUGGUCUGACCCUUACAUCCAGUAUUUUGUGCGUCAGACAGGUGAACGCAAGGCUCCUGAGAUUAAUAGAGGCUAUUAUGCCCGUGUCCAUGGAGUGAAUCACCUGCUUGAUGCAUUUCUUAAAAAGACUCAGUGUGACUGCCAGGUGGUAAAUCUUGGAGCUGGACUGGAUACCACUUUCUGGAGACUGAAGGCUGAGAACACUUUGCCGAAAAAGUACUUUGAAGUUGACUUCCCUAUGAUUGUUGCCAGGAAGAUACAUCAUAUCAAGACAAAACCUUCUUUGUCAAAGCCCUUGAUUGAGACCCAUUCAGCUGAUUCACUCCUAUUAGAUGGCCACAACCUGGACUCAGACAGAUACUCUAUCAUUGCUGCUGAUCUCAGAGAUCUUCCAGGCUUGGAGGGAAAACUCAGAAAGUUCCACAUUAAUACAGAAUUGCCAACACUCUUUGUUUCUGAAUGUGUGCUCGUAUACAUGACCCCAGAACAAUCCUCCAAACUGGUGCACUGGGCAGCACACAUCUUCCACACUGCCAUGUUCAUCAGCUAUGAACAGGUGAACAUGGCUGACCGUUUUGGGCAGGUCAUGGUUGAAAAUCUGCAAAGACGACAGUGUAAUCUGGCUGGAGUAGAUGUGUGCCAGUCCUUGGAUUCUCAGAAGGAACGCUUCUUGUCCACAGGAUGGGAGAGUGUGAACGCACUGGAUAUGAUGGCAGUCUAUAGCCUGCUUCCUCAGGAAGACAUAAGCAGGAUUGAACGGCUGGAGUUUUUAGAUGAGAAAGAGCUACUCCAGCAGCUUCUUCAGCACUACAGUAUCUGCUGGGCAGUGAAGGACUCACUCAAUCUAGGCAUUUCACAGAUUGGGUUUUGAGUUCAACUGUGACCUGGUUGGGAGAACUAGAAGUCUUUGUGUCAACAUGAAUUGGCGGAAGUCAUUUCAGCUUAUUUUUCCUUUGUGACGUCAAUAAAAAAGAUGAGACCACUAAA